AUGGCCAUUAGAAAAUUAAACAAGCUACCACAAGCUGCAGUUUUGAAGCAAAUUAUGAAAAUGUGUUCAAGUUUGGGUAGGAAGCAAUGCUAUAAUGAUGAAGAUCACCUUCCCAUUGAUGUACCAAAAGGACAUUUUGCAGUUUAUGUAGGAGAGAACCGAACUCGGUAUAUCGUACCAAUUUCUUUCUUAAAUCACCAUGAGUUUCAGUACCUCCUCCAAUGUGCAGAGGAAGAAUUUGGCUUUGAUCAUGACAUGGGCAACACUAUUCCCUGCGGAGAAGUUGUUCUACGGUCACUAACUUCCAUGCUUUGUUAG